UUCCCUUUUCGAACCAUUCCUCUUCACAUGUGUCCGUAUGUGUUUCAAAGUUUUAAAUUUUUAUUAAAGUUUGUAAUUAAUUGAACCGAGCUUAGUGUUAUUGUUAGAAUAUCUAAAGAAUUUUCAAUUCAUCUAUUCACUUGAAGAAUGGCGUUCUUGCCAGGUUCCUUGGCCUUCGAUGAAUAUGGCCGGCCUUUCAUUAUAAUCAGGAAUCAAGACUCAGAAAAACGUCUCACAGGGACAGAUGCGAUUAAAACGCAUAUCCUGGCAGCUAAAUCUGUGUCUCAAAUUCUGAAGUCAUCGCUAGGACCAAAAGGAUUAGAUAAAUUGAUGGUAUCUCCCGAUGGAGACGUCACAGUAACCAACGACGGUGCUACUAUUCUUAAAAUGAUGGAUGUGGAUCACGAAAUAGCUAAAUUAAUGGUCCAAUUAUCACAAUCUCAAGACGAUGAAAUCGGUGAUGGUACCACCGGCGUAGUUGUAUUGGCCGGAGCUUUACUCGAACAAGCUGAAGUAUUACUCGAUAAAGGUAUUCAUCCGAUUAGAAUCGCAGAUGGUUUCGAAUUAGCUGCGCAGUUCUGUACCAAAUACUUGGAAUCGAUCAGCGAUUCAUUCCCAGUUGAUCCUAAGAACCUCGAACCGUUGAUUCAAACCGCUAUGACUACUUUAGGAUCUAAAAUAGUUAACAAAUGUCAUCGACAGAUGGCUGAAAUCGCUGUAAAUGCUGUAAUGUCAGUAGCUGAUUUCGAACAAAAAGAUGUCAACUUCGAGUUGAUCAAAGUUGAAGGUAAAGUGGGUGGUCGUAUCGAAGACUCGAUUUUAGUAAAAGGUGUCGUAGUUGAUAAAGAUUUCUCGCAUCCUCAAAUGCCCAAGGUAUUGAGAGACGUGAAAUUGGCUAUUUUAACUUGUCCCUUCGAACCACCCAAGCCGAAAACUAAACAUAGGCUAGAUGUUACCUCUGCUGAAGAUUACCAAGCUUUGAGAAAAUACGAACAGGAUAAAUUCAGCGAAAUGGUGCAAAUGGUCAAAGAUGCCGGCGCUACGUUGGCUAUUUGUCAAUGGGGUUUCGACGAUGAAGCUAAUCACUUAUUAUUGCAACGAGAAUUACCCGCAGUUCGUUGGGUCGGCGGACCUGAAAUCGAGUUGAUAGCUAUCGCCACUGGUGGCAGAAUUGUCCCGAGAUUCGAAGAAUUGACUCCAGAAAAGUUAGGCUUUGCCGGUUUAGUUCGUGAAAUUAGCUUCGGUACCACAAAAGAUAAAAUGUUGGUCAUUGAAGAAUGCAAGAAUUCUAAAGCUGUCACUAUCUUCUUACGUGGUGGAAAUCGAAUGAUCGUAGAAGAAGCCAAACGUAGCAUACACGAUGCUUUAUGCGUUGUUCGUAACUUGGUUAAGGAUAAUCGCAUCGUUUAUGGCGGUGGCUCGUGUGAGCUUUCGUGUUCAAUUGCUACUAAUCAAGAAGCUGAUAAGAUAUCGUCCCUGGAACAAUACGCAUUCCGUGCAUUUGCCGAUGCAUUAGAAAGUAUACCGUUAGCUUUGGCUGAAAACAGCGGUUUAUCUCCUAUUCAUACUUUAACAGAAGUUAAAAGUAGGCAGAUCGCCUCUAAAAAUCCAAGAUUAGGAAUCGAUUGCAUGCAAAAUGGCACCAAUGAUAUGAAAGAAUUGAACAUCAUCGAAACGUUACACAGUAAAAAACAACAAUUUAUGUUAGCUACUCAGUUGGUGAAAAUGAUUCUGAAAAUCGACGAUAUCCGAUCUCCCGGUGGUGGACCUGAAGAGUAAUAAAAUUGUAUUAGUAUUUCUGAUUUGAUUGUCGUGUAACAAUCCAUCGAAUGUAUUCAGUUACAUUGAUUAAUCGUACGAAAUUGCGAGUGUGUUCGUCUGUGUGCGAAUUCACAUUAACAAAAUGUCAACCCAUCAAUCUGCCUUUCAUUUUUUACUUGAUGUUUUAAUUGAGCUAAUUAACACAAUAGUAGAUUUUACAGUUUUAUUUUUGAAAUUGAAUUUUAUUUAUAAUUACACGUUUUUAUAAUUUAUUUUACUACAAAUAUACAACUUAACUCAUU